AUGUCGGCCGCAGACGCUGAGCCGGCCACGUCUGGCUCCAUGAAUGCACGCAGCAUGUCCACUUCGUCUUUUACCACUGCCGUACCACCCACGUUCAUCGUCACAGAGGUGCCGGACGUGCCCCCCGAAGACGACACCUAUGCCUUGGCAGGCCAGACAGAAUACACCCAAACCGAGGAGCAGAGGCUCGAAACCCGCCACGUCGAGGAAUAUCUACGCCGCAUGUCGGAGAAGCACCGCACGCAAAAGCGCGCGCGCCACGAUCAGCCCCAGGCAGCAUCCACCAGCGGCAGCACAGGCCUCGUCCGCCGGAUCAGCACGUCGCUGUCCCGCGUGCCGUCGCUCCGGCACCAGCGCCGUGCGCCAUCGGAACAGCCCUAUGAAAAUACGACGACUGGCAGCGCUUACGAGAUGACACCGUCGCAUUACGGCGCACAGCCAGCACCACUGCACGAGGUGCCCCACUCGACGAUACAGGGCUACGAGCCCAUUGCAGGCGACGCGGACGAAUCACAAUCUCCGUCGGUCCACAUACCCGAAGCAUCAUACAGUCGGCAAGAGCUGCAUGAUCAGACCCCGCUGAACAGAGCGCCCACGGGUGACAUGUCAACCAUAUCCUUGGAGGACCUCCAUGAGCCUCGGGAAGCACUCGACGCGCCUGAGUCGGCCGUGAUCUCCUCGCCGACCGACAUGUCCGACGCAUCCGCGGCGCAACGGCGCCUGCAUGCGCGAAACUUUCCCACCGUGACGGCCGGUAAAGCCUCCAGCAAGCAGAUGCAGCGCACACUCACACAACGGCAACGCGCCAAGGCCGGCGGCUCAUGGGCACCAACGAUCCCUGAAGGCGAUGCCCAUGCCGACGUCGGGAUACCACGCGACCUCAACUCGGAGGCGCUCGGCGCCAGUACGAACGUCAAGAAAGACGACCCAUUCGAGACGCCGCCCUUCUCAGCUUCGUUCGGCCGCUCAUCCAGCACGGACCUGCAGGAACUGCCCCUACAGUCUCAGUCGUAUCCCUCAGCGGUGCUCAUGACCACAGACUCGGCAGCGACUCCAUCGCGUGACCUAGGCACGUCGGAGCGCAAGAACCGGUGGUAUUGGUCGGAUCUCCUCCUUGGUUGUGGCCUGUGCGACACCACGAAUGAGGAAGACGAACAAGCAGCGCGCACGAAUCCCAUGGAAUAA